AUGUUAUAUACCCGACACUGUUGGACUUUCAAGGUCCUCCUGGCGGACAUCCGGAGAUCUGGUUACAGAGUUGGACCAGCGUACACCGUGCUGGACGCCCCCAUCACGUCCCUGGGAUGGGUCCAGUCUCACCCACCAGAGGAGGGGUCAGUCCUUGGUCCUCAACAUCGACUGCAGGCCCCAGGAUGUCCCAGGUCACCAGGUCGAACUCUGGCAAGGACACCUCCUGAAUCCCACCUCCCGCUGAGGAACAACCCCUCCUCCAUGUUGGACAAUGCUGGGAAGAGGCGGUGGGAGCUGGGGUGGACGUCGGAGCUGUCCUUCCUGGAGGAGCCGAGCAACGUGAUUGCCGUGCGCGGGAGGCCGCUGGUGCUGCACUGCCGCGUGGAGGGAGAGGAGCCCAUCAGCAUCAGCUGGAGGAGGGGUGGGCGCCCUCUGUCGCCGAGCCCCCGGCGCUCGCUGCUGGCCAACGGCUCCCUCCUCAUCACCAGCUUCCUGAGCAGGGAGAACGAGUCCGACUCGGGGGAGUACGACUGCACCGCGCAGAACCGCUUCGGCCUCUUGCUCAGCCGCAGGGCCCGGGUGCAGGUGGCAACCCUCUCUCGGUUCCUGACCCACCCGCAGUCCAUGAGAGUUCAGCUGGGAGGUGUGGCUCGCUUCCAGUGUCAAAUCAACGGUGUUCCCAGAGCCACAAUAACCUGGGAACUCAAUCGUGUUCCCCUGAACAUGGAUGACAACAGGUUCACCCUGCUGCCGAGCGGUGUGCUGCAGAUCACGGGGGUUGGACAGCAGGACCUGGGGGACUACCGCUGCGUGGCAGCCAACGCGGCCAACUCCCGGGCCAGUCAGGAGGCUCGGCUCACCCUGGCAGGGUGGUCUCCCCGGACGGACCAGGAGCCCGAGAUCCUGUCGGGACCCCAGGACCUGACCCUCACCGUGCACCAGACGGCCAUCCUGGAGUGUAUCGCCACCGGCAACCCUCGGCCCAUCGUGUCCUGGAGCCGGCUCGAUGGCCGGUCGAUCGGUGUGGACGGGAUCGAGGUCCUCGGCACCGGGAACCUGAAGAUCUCCGACGUGACGGUUCAUCAUUCCGGGGUCUACGUCUGCGCUGCCAACAAACCCGGCACCCGGGUCCGCCGCACCGCCCAGGGGCGCCUGGUGGUGCAAGCCCCUCCGGAGUUCGUGCAGUGGCCGCAGUCGGUCAGUAAGCGGGUGGGCAGUACGGCGGUCUUCACCUGCGUGGCCCAGGGGGUCCCAGAGCCGCAGCUGGUCUGGCUGAAGAAUGGCCGAGUCCUCGCUGCUCCCAGCGACAACAUCAAACUCACCCACAGCAACAGCACCCUGAUUAUUAACCGUGUCACGGGCUCGGACGAGGCCAUCUACCAGUGCAUCGCCCGCAACAGUGCCGGCACCAACCAGGCCAGCGCCCGGCUGGCGGUCACCCUGUCCCAGGAGCUACCCGCCGCCCCCGAGGGGGUCCGCGCCGAGCCCGUCUCCCCCACCGCCAUCCGCCUCUCCUGGAGGGAGCCCUCGCACUCCGUCACUGAGGAGAUCAUCGGAUACGUCCUCCACAUCCGGCCCGCCUCAGAGCCGGCCGGGAAGGAGUUGCAGGAGGCAGUCGGUCGGACUACGUUGGAGCACAUCUUCACCAACCUGCAGCCCGACACCGAGUACUCCAUGUACGUCAAGGCCUAUUCGCCCGUGGGAGCCAGCGGACAGUCGCAGCUCGUCACCGCCAGCACUGGGGGGGAAGUUCCAGAUGUGAUGUUCUUCGCCCAGGUGUUGAACGGGACGGCGGUGCAGGUGUUCUGGGAGCCCUCCCCCCGGCCCAGGCUGGUCAGGGGCUACAAGCUGUACCUCAGGAAGCUGCCGAGCUCCCGGAUCCUGGGUCCCACCCUCCUGCCCAGCUCGGCCAACACUCACACCUUCACUCAGCUGGAACCCUCGGCCUUGUACGAGAUCAAGAUGCAGGCAUUUAACCAGCACGGUGAUGGGAACAGCACUGUCCGCUUUGUAUCUCUCGGAGAGAGCACAGAGAGCCCAGGCACGUUCACCCUGCAAGACCCUGGCUGCGACUGCCAGAAGCCCCAGGAGGCCUCGCUGAGCGGGAUUGUGGUCGGCAUUCACAUCGGGAUUGCCUGCAUCAUCUUCUGCAUCCUGUUCCUGAUGCUGGGGUACCGCAGGAGGCUGUUGGGCUGUCGAGGCAUCAAGGAGAGUUGGUCGGUCCCCCAGCCUUGGCACAGCACGGCCCAGGAGGGGCAGAACGGUCACCUGGGGCUGGAGGGGAAGGACGGCCGGGAGCUGGAGCUGACCGAGCUGAAGGGGAACCCGGAGAGGACUGGCAGCCCGGCUCAGCUCCAGCAGAGACCCUGAGGAGCCUCGGACAGAGAGAACAGCACCUCCGCCCCAAGGUGCGAGCUGCU